AUGAGGGUGCGGCAAGGCCUGCCCAUCUCUGGUCUUCAAGGAGGGAACCGCAGCUGGGAGGACCAGGACCAAACCCCCCAGGGGCCUUAUCGGGAAUGCAUGUUCCUUAGCCUCGGUGAAGGGCGGCGGACCGCCAUCCGCCCUCACGCGGGGGACAGCGCGGCCCUGGGACUCGGGAGUCGGCCGCGCGGUGCGGGAAGCAGCCCCACCGGAGAGGCCCGCGCGCACCGCGCAACCCGGCAGGGCGCGCUCGGGGCGGGCUGGCGAGUCGGGGCUCCAGAGGCGCGCGGGCCCGCUCCCGUUAAACCAGGGUCCCUCCUCCCGGGGGGCGAGGAGUUGGGGCCGGGGGGUGGGGUGGGGGACACGCAGGCGCACGGCGGGGCGGGCCGGCGCGCUGACGUCACGACGCCGGACGCCGGACGCCGGACGCCGGACGCGGGGGCCAGCGCGCUCCGUUGCCGGGCAACGGGCGGGCGUGGGGACAGCGGCCGCCGCAGCUCCGGGGAGCCGAGGUGUCGGAGCGACCUCGCAGAGGAAGCAGGCGACGUUUCCCUCUGCCCGGCUUCUAAAGACAGCGGUGCGAGCAAGGCGCCAGCGGGGCGGAGAGGCGCGGGCGCCGAGUGGCUCUCCGAGGGCGGGGAGGGCUUUUCUACCUGCCCCGCCUGCGGCCCGGACCCCGGGGAGCACAACAGCGCCUGGGGGGAGUUUGAAGGCUUUCAAGAAUCUUCGGCCAAGUCUGAACAGUUCUCCCCAAACUUUGAGCUCCCGGAGAGACCCCCACAUCCUCGACGGGAGUCAGUGGCUUCUACCCAAAAGGAGCGUGGUUCUCGCCAGCCUCCCCAGGGCAGGCCUGGGGUGCCAGGAGCCGCGGGCAGCUCACCUUGUGAGCUUCUGCACAGCUACAAGGACGUGUUCAGGUUUGUUUUUCAAGAAGUACCAGUCCAGCAGGCAACUGAAGGCGUCUCCCCCUUAGACCGCAUCUUAGAACUGCCUGGCUGUGAAUCUGGACAGCAACUGUGUUCUGAAUCUAGAAAACUCUGGAGAGCUCUUCAGAACACAAAUAGCACGUCGGCCUCUCGAUGCCUCGGGAGUGAGUCCCAUUGCCAGGAAAACCUCUUCCUUGUUCUUGGAAUAGACGCUGCUCAGAAGAACCUUUCCGGAGACCUGGGUCACAUUCUGGAAUGUUCUGACCUCCAAGAGCCUGAAGAACUGGGUGUGCCCACCUUCCGUCUGCAGCCCUGCAGAGCCCUGAUCCAGACCAAGCUCUCAGGGACGUCCGGUGGCAGACAGGGGAGCCUGCUUGCGUGCAGCCUCUUUCUGAAGACCCCCUUACACAGACAUGGGCAGUACCUCACAAUUCCAUGGAAAAAGAAGAUUUUCAAUCCACGUAACCUAAAAAUGACCUUGUUUAAUAGUGACAUUUGCUAAAACGGGAGUACUUUGUAUUUUUAUCAGUUUUACAUUUUCUUACUGGCUUGGUUUGGUACUGGAAACCGGAACUGUUUUGUGGGCAUGUUUCCGGGGACGCCCUGUGCGCACCCAGGCUGCGCCCCCUGGUGCAUUUUGGGGUGUGACCACUUUAGAAGAGCGUGUCCUUUGGCAGAGCCAGUCUCAACAGGAAGGGGGUGCCCAGGGUCCCCAGGAGCUCCGCCCCAGCAUGAUAGGAACCAAGGUGGCACUGGGGGCCCUCUGCCUGGUGCAGGUGCUGCCGGCCCCUGGGGGCACCCAGGGAGGAACCCCAGGCCUGGCUGCCCACGUGGCUCCGCCGGGGGCACAGCCAGGUGGCCUGGCUCUCAGCUGGAACUGUCCGCAGGAGGCAGGCGCCCACACGCUCAGGGAGUCUGGAGCACGUUCCUGUCACUCCCGGGGGAGAGCGAAGGCCCUGGGAGCACUUACCUGCACCACUGCCUGUCGGCAGCCUUUCUCUGCGCCCGGCCCUCCCCUCCGACUCCGAGCAAGCGCUCUCUGGUUCUGGUGGAGGCACUGAUUUUUGUAAAAUUUUAUUAAAUAAAAUGGCCUG